AUGCUGCUGCCGACAACCUACCUCCGUCGCAAAUUUCGAACACUCUUCCUCUCUGACGUAACCCCCUCCUCCACCCUCGCCCGCCUAGAAACCUCAUGGGACAUCAAAAAGACCCUCAAGCGCGUCCAGGCCCAUGAGUACGUCGCCACAGACCUGCAAUAUCUCCUAGACUUUUGCAUCAUCCUCUUCGUCCUCUUCAUCGCCGCAGAACCCGGCCCUCUCUUCAGACUCUUCAUCGCUAUCGGCUUCUCCCUCCUCCUUCUUAUCCCCAUCACCUCCCAGUUCUUCUUCCCCUUCCUCCCCAUCGGCACCUGGCUCUUUCUCUUUUUCUCCUGCCGCUUCAUCCCUGCCUCCUGGCGUCCUCCUAUCUGGGUCCGCGUCCUGCCCUCUCUCGAGACAAUCAUCUACGGCGGCAAUCUCAGCAACAUCCUCGCCGCCCAGCAAAAACCGUUCCUCGACAUCCUCGCCUGGAUUCCCUACGGUCUCAUCCACUUUGGCGCCCCCUUCGUCUGCUCCGGCAUCAUAUUCCUCUUUGCCGCCCCCGGAACCCUCCCCGUCUUUGCGCGCUCGUUCGGAUACAUGAACCUCAUCGGCGUCUCGAUCCAGCUCAUCUUCCCCUGCUCGCCACCUUGGUACGAAAACCUCUACGGCCUCGUCCCCGCAACCUACGACGUCAAGGGCUCUCCCGGCGGCCUUGCGCGCGUCGACCAAAUCAUCGGCCUCGACCUCUACACCUCCUCCUUCACCGCCUCGCCCAUGGUCUUUGGCGCCUUCCCGUCCCUGCACUCCGGCUGCGCCGUCAUCGAAGUGCUCUUCAUGUCCUACGUCUUCCCGCGCCUCACGCCCGUCCUGCUCGGCUACAUCCUCUGGAUCUGGUGGUCGACAAUGUACCUCACCCACCACUACUUUGUCGACCUCAUCGGCGGCGCCUUGCUCUCCAUCUCCGUCUUCCUCCUCGUCGCGCGCUCGUACCUGCCCAAGGUCCAGUCCGACAAACCCUCCCGCUGGGCAUACGACUACAUCGAGCUCGGCGUCCUGCCCGUUCCCAAAGCUAGGCUUACAAAGGAGUAUACCCCCGGCGACUGGGCGGCCUCGGGCGAGUACUAUACGCCAGGAAACGCGACGCCCGUGGUCGAGACGCCGACAUCGGAGUGGGAGAUCGAGACGUUGGCGGAUAACGAUGAUGAGUUUAAUCGUCCGCUUGUCAAUCCGAAUAACCACAAGCCGCUCAGAACGCUCAACGAAAAGGCCGUCUACGAAGGCGCAUGA